UUGGCCCAACUGCAUCAACAAGGAAUCUUCUAUUUAUUUGCCAUCAUGUAUGGUGGUUGGAAGGUAGGGUAUAAUGACACUGAACCUAUGGACACUUCUGAAUAUUCCUCGUACUGGCACUAUGAAGCGGAGUGUGGCAUUUGGCACAGAACUGAGGAUGAUCCAAUAAACCCAAUCAGCAGCUCAGAUUUGGAAAGGCUUUACUUUAACAACCCAUAUGGAAAUAUUAAUAUCAACACAGCAGGAAGCAACGUCAGAAUUGAUUUUAUUGGGAGAUUGAAGAUCAACCUAAGGACAGGGCAGAAGCAAAAACUAAAGCGGUCUAUAUUCACUGAGCGUAUCAUCAGAUGCAAAUGUGCAGACAAGCCUCCAUCUGUACCUGCGCACUGGGAGGAAAUGGAUCCUAACGCACCUUAUAAGGCUUUUGCUGUGAACUGGCAAUCAAGUGAGUUUAAGGAAGUAGAAAAAUACGUCCGAGACAUUGGUCUACUCAAGGAACCCCUGAAGGUUAUCUACAGAAUACAGAAUGCUGACCUUUGGGAGCUGUACUGCAAGAAAAAAUCCCAGCUGAUGAAGAUAAAAGGUCAGUCAGACAUUGAAGAACGAAUGCUCUUCCACGGCACAGGCAAAAACAAUUUGCAUAAUAUUUGCUUGUACAAUUUUGACUUCAGACUGUCUAACUCAAAAAGGGAUGGUCACGUUUUGGGCAAAGGUACAUACUUUGCCCUACAUGCAGCGUAUGCAGACCACUACAGUAAAGCUCGUAGCCAACGAGGUGACAACACACAUAUAAUGUUCCUCGCACGUGUGAUUGUUGGGAAGUCCACACUUGGACAUCCGGAUUUCUACAAACCUGAUGGUGAUCAAAAUGAAAAUAUACAUGACAGCUGCGUUGACAAUACCUUAUAUCCUAGGAUUUUUGUUGUCUUUGAUCCUAACCAGAUAUAUCCUGAGUACGUGCUGGAGUAUGGAGGGUAAUAGGGUGAGAAAAUGAUUGUGGAAAACAGAGACAUUAUUGGUCUGUUGAUUUUGGGCUAUAGAAGGUAGGAACAAAUCUUUGUCAUUUAGCUUUAUUUAGCUUCUGUUAAAGUUUAAUAGAAUAAAUAAUAGUGCUGGAGACACUAAUAUUACAUAAGUGAAUAUUGUAGACUUAAAGACAAUUUUUUUGGCAU